UAACACGUGGAUUUUUGAACAUUUUACCAGUCGCCAUGAACCACUCCUAGAAAGAUUAUUGAUUUCACUUUUUAUACUUAAAACUCCGUGAUGAUGGUGCACAAACGCGUGUUUAUUAAAGGUGGAACAGUUGUUAACCAUGAUUGUAUGUUUGAUGCUGAUGUCUUCAUUGAAGAUGGUAUCAUAAAAGAUGUUGGUGAAUCACUUGUGGUGCCUGGUGGAGCAAAGGUUAUUGAUGCUCAUAAGAAAUAUGUUAUGCCUGGUGGCAUUGAUACACAUACACACAUGCAGUUGCCUUUUAUGGGAACUGUUGCUGUGGAUGAUUUUUAUUAUGGUACUCGUGCAGCUCUCAUUGGAGGAACAACUAUGAUAAUUGAUUUUGUGAUUCCCAUGAAAGGGGAAUCAUUACUUGCUGCUUAUGAUAAAUGGAGAAAGUGGGCAGAUGAAAAAGUUGUGUGUGAUUACUCAUUCCAUGUAGCAGUUACAUGGUGGGAUGAAAGUGUUGGCAAAGAGAUGGAAGUGCUUUGCAAAGAACGAGGAGUGAACUCGUUCAAGACAUUUAUGGCUUAUAAAGAUGUAAUGAUGACAACAGAUGAGGAAAUGUAUCACAUUUAUUCAAAAUGUAAAGACUUAGGUGCUUUAGCAAUGGUUCAUGCUGAAAAUGGUGAUUUGAUCCAUGAGGGUUCAAAGAAGAUGAUUUCUUUGGGAAUCACUGGACCAGAAGGUCAUGAAAUGUGCCGUCCAGAAUGGGUUGAAGCUGAAGCAACUCUUAGAGCAAUUACUAUUGCCAGUCAGGUCAAUUGUCCAAUAUAUAUUGUUCAUGUAAUGAGCAAAAGCAGUGCCAAUGUUAUAGCAGAUGCUCGUAGACGUGGUUGUGUUGUCUUUGGUGAACCAAUAGCUGCAGGACUCGGUGCUAAUGGUACAAACUAUUGGCAUAAAUGUUGGCGACAUGCAGCUGCACAUGUUAUGGGUCCACCAUUACGUCCCGAUUUAUCAACACCUGAUCAUUUAAUGGAUCUUCUAGCCAAUGGUGAUCUUCAGUGUACUGGAACAGACAACUGCACAUUUAGCACAAAUCAAAAAGCUCUUGGUAAAGACGACUUUCGUAAAAUACCAAAUGGAGUAAAUGGUGUGGAGGAUAGAAUGUCGGUAAUAUGGGAGAAAGGAGUGCAUGCUGGUAAAAUGGAUCCAUGUAGAUUUGUUGCAGUAACAAGCACAGAAGCAGCAAAAAUCUAUAACAUUUAUCCCAGAAAGGGUCGCAUAGCGAAGGGUUCAGAUGGUGAUGUGAUUGUGUGGGAUCCUCAUGAGAGUCGUGUUAUAUCAGCUAAGACUCAUCAUCAGAUGGUAGAUUUCAAUAUCUUCGAGGGCCUCGAGUGUCAUGGUGUAUGUAAAGUUACAAUCUCACGGGGUGAAGUUUUAUAUGAAAAUGGAGAGUUAAACGUCGUAAGAGGUAAUGGCAAGUUCAUCCCCAAUCCAGUAUUUUCAAAUUACGUUUACAAAACUGUACAACAAAGAGAUAAGGUUUGGGUUCCCAAGAAGGUAGAACGUGAACCUUAUACGGGCGAAGUGAUUCAGAUUAAACUGGAUGAUAUACCUCAAACUACCAUCUCACCAGAACAAUACUCAAAGAAAGCAAGAAAGGAGAAAGUUCAACGUUCAGGACACAGAGAUCUACAUUCAUCUGGUUUCUCAUUGGCUGGUGAGCAAGUUGAUGAUGAUCAGCCUUUCCGACCUUCAUCUCGAAUACACAAACCUCCGGGUGGCGGAUCUUCUUUUUCUCUUCGUUAAACCAUGUUUAUAACAGUUGACAAAACUUAUUAAUCAAAUUUAUUCAUCAAUUUUGAACAACAAGUUUUCUCAACUUUUAUAAACUUAUCAAAUGCCAACCUAUUGACUCUUCACAAUCUUUUUUUGUAAUUCAAUAAUUUUGUACUCAAUUAUUCAAAGAUAUAAAAAAAAUUAACGAAGUA